AUGCCUUCUUAUAAUUCAUUCCAAGGUAAGUUAAGGGUUCGUACUUCAAGAGGGCAAUCUUAUAUAUACGAGCGCAAAUACCAAGACUUGGCUGAGGUUACCGCGAGAUUCCGAAAUGUUCAAGCCAGUCUGAAGAGAGCCGCUCAGCAACAAGCUAAAAAUCCGCAUGCUAAAUUCGGAUUGACCCAGUUCAGCGACUUGUCCAUUGAAGAAUUCAAGAGAUACAAUGGAUACAAGCGCACAAGUGCUCGCAGAAACGGUCUGUUUUCUGGCAAUUUAUGCUUUUUCCCUAGGAUGAUCAGACACAUUACUUAAUCACAAUCUAAUUUUAGAUCCCCUCCCAAGCUUCCAAUCCGGCAUCACUCCCGACGCUUUUGAUUGGCGCGAGAAUAAAGGUGUCAGCCCCGUUAAAAAUCAAGCUUUGUGUGGAAGUUCCUAUGCUUUUGGAGCGGUCGCCGCCAUUGAAAGUCAAUACCUCGUCAAGAAAGGCCAGGAGCUCGACCUGAGCGAAGAAGACGUUCUUCAAUGCACUUAUCAUGCCCCUGAGUACGGCAACAAUCAAGGCUGUGUUGAUGGAGAAACCGAGGCAAUCCUGCGAUAUGUCCGCGACCAUGGAAUCGCUUCCGAAAGGACUGAUCCCUACAACCCCGACGCCGACUUCCCCAACUGCAAAAAGGAUGAGCCUGUCGUGGCCAAUCUUAGCCAGGCCAUUCAAGCCAACAAUGUGGACGAAGCAGUCCUGUUGAGAGACAUUGUCUACCACGUCGGCCCCGUUGCUGUUGGUAUGUUCUUUUUUGUCUUGGCAUUUUUUGUUUUGGCUAUCCAAAUUAAUGAUCUUUUUAGUCAUUGACGCUUCCAAACUGGUCGGCUAUGAGAGUGGAAUCAUAUCAGGUACACAAGGGCAAUGGAGAGUUAAUCGUGCUGCCCUUCUGGUUGGAUACGGUGAGGAGAAUGGUGUGAAAUACUGGGCAUUGAAGAACUCUUGGGGCGAGACCUGGGGGGAAGACGGAUUCUUCCGUAUUGAGAGAGGGAGCAAUGUCAUGGGCAUCACCGAAGAGAUCGACAUCGCCAUCCUUUGA